GAGGUUAUAGUUGAUUCUCUCACGGCGAUCAGUGCGGAUUUGUGCGUGUCAUUUUAGCGUUUCCAAGUGCUUUUGUGUGCUCUCUAUCGUCUCUCUAAGUGAUUUUUUAUUCUCUGAAGUGUGUUUCGUGAUUCUCGAUUCUCCAACAGUUUCACUUCGUUGCGUUAUACCGUCAGGGUAAUUUCCAGUGUCAGAAAUCCGUGUUCGGCCAUCCAGUUCAUCACCCCUUUUCACUGGUAUUCCUGCAGUUCUUUUUCCUUGCUCUAAACCAUCAAGAUGUCAUUGCUUCCAUUGUUGUUGAGCGAAUUGGAAGACACACGCCGCCCCAGCAUCUAUGACCCAUACUAUGGACUUGGACUGGGUGAUCUUCUAGCUGUUCCUGCCAGAUCUGGGUACCUACGCCCAUGGCGAUUAGCCCCACAUAAUGACAGUGGCAUCUCCAACAUCCAAAAUGACAAGAAAGAAUUUAAGGUCAACUUGGACGUUCAACAGUUCAAACCCGAAGAAAUAAAUGUCAAAACAGCUGGUGACUACAUUACUGUGGAAGCAAAACAUGAAGAGCGUAGCGAUGAACAUGGUUUUGUCUCUCGACAGUUCACCCGUCGUUAUCUAGUCCCUCAGGAUGUGAACAAGGAUGCUAUCACCUCCACCCUGUCUUCAGAUGGAGUUCUUACUAUUCAUGCUCCAAAGAAAGCAAUUGCUGCAAAGGAUGAACGCAACAUCUCCAUCACUCAGACCAACAAACCAGCACUGAAACAGGGCAAAAAGGACGGCAAGCCGGAGAAAAUGGAAACCUAAAUACCCUCUUCAUCUGGUCUCUUCAUGUUGAUUCCUAUUUUCCUAUUGUCCUAUUUUUUGUUCUCUGUAGUUUGUAAGUUUCACUCAUUUCAAGUUCUGCUUCCAACCAUCAAGAUGAUUUUGAUGGGCCCUCAAUGAUAGUUCUAAAAUUUUUAUGUCAGAACUUGGAUGUAUUCAGUACUAUUUUUACUCUCUAAUGCUCCCAUGAGUUAUCAACACUUUGUGUUGCACACUUUUUUUUCAAUGUACUUAAAUUGUUUUUUUAAAAAAAAGUCCUUUAUUGGAGAUAUCAUUUAAUCACUUCAACAGUAUUACACCUUUUUCCUAAUUUAAUCAUGUUCUAAAGCAAUUUCUAGUAAUUAUCUAAUUGAAAAUCCUUUUUUCUCAGGGAGCUGUAUUUAAAGAUUCGAUUUAACACUUAUAUCAUGCGUCAUUGUAAAUUAUUUUCUCGUGUUUAACAGUUGUAAGACUGAAAAUUGUGUUUGUA